GCGGGCCGCUGCAUCUACCCUGCUACCGUGAGACACCGGCGCCCACAGAAAACGGCAAUAUAUAUAUUUCGAAAUAACAAGGCAAAGGAAGGUUUCUGAAGGUCUCUACGCUUUUGUUUACGGAGAUUAAACUGCGAGCUAUAUACAGACUUUGAGAGAGGUAUUGAGAGAGUAAGAGAAGGUGUAAAGACUGGCAACAUGGCUGCACCGGGCGGAAAAUACUUUAUCCAAGAGAAGCUGAAGCUGAAGGCGAAGCAUCACGAGAGCUAUGAGAUGCUGUGGGAGACGAAGUGGAAGAAACCUGCCGAAAUGGGCGUCUACCCCUUCAUGUUCGGCACAGCGUCCGACUUCCAACCCGUGGUCGACGAAAUGGUCAAGCGGGGCAUGAAGGAGCCGUAUGAUUGGGACGAGUACGCGAAGAUGUACUUCCCGCAGGCGGAGAAGCUGGCGGGUGUGGCGAGAGAGGCGGAAGGCAAGGGCGAGGUGGAGAAGGCGAGCGAGUAUUAUUUGAGGGCCAGUGCGGUGUAUCGGAUUGCGAGGUUUCCGGCGCCGAGGAGCGAGGUGCAGAGGGAGGCGUGGAAGUUGGGGAAGGAGGUGUGUAUUAAGGGGCUUGGACUGAGACCGCAUCCUGUAAAGGAGGUAAUGGUGCCCCAUAAGCAUCGUACUUCCGGCGAAGGCGAGACGAUCCCUGUAUACUAUCUCCUACCGGAGGGUGCUUCGAAAGAGGCGCCUGUGCCGCUGGUCAUUAUCUUCACCGGUCUGGACGGCUACCGCACCGAGCUCGCUGUCUGGAUGGAGGGCUGGCGGCAAAACGGCGUUGCUACUGUCGUCCUCGAGAUCCCGGGAACGGGAGACUGCCCUGCUGCUCCCUCGGACCCCACUUCUCCUGACCGCCUGUACUCCUCGCUGUUCGACUGGGUAGGCCAGCAGGAGGGCGUCGACCAGAAAAAGGUCGCAAUAUGGGCCUUCAGCACCGGCGGCUUCUACGCCAUCAGGGUAGCGCACACGCACGCCGACAAGCUCGCCGGCGUCGUCGCCCUAGGCGGUGGCUGCCACCACAUGUUCGACCCCGAAUGGCUAGAUCACGUAAACCACCUGGAGUACCCGUUCGACCUUGCGAAUACGUUGGCGUACAAAUUUGGCUACGACAACGACAUUUCCACCUUCAAGCGCGAAGCGUCGUCCAAAUUCUCACUCCUCAACGACGGCACGCUCGACUCCCCUAUGUGCGCGCGGCUGCUGCUCGUCAACGGCACCGAGGAUGAGAUCUUCCCGAUUGAUGACUACUAUGUGGCACUGCAGCAUGGCGCGCCGAAGGAGGCGCGGUUUGUGGACGGCGUUAAGCACAUGGGCGAGCCGGAGAGCUUUUUCAUCAUUCUGAAUUGGCUGUAUAAGUUGUUUGGAAUUGAGGCGAGUGCGGUGAAGCAGAUGCAGACGUUGCCUUUUAAGCCGAAAUAUUAGGAGUCGUUGGGGAUGGGGAACAGAACGGCCGCGGACGAUGAGGCACACGAAAGACGAGAGCUGAAUCUUAGAUGUAAUGAUAUGAUAAAUCCAACGUGAAGGACCGAUG